GUCCCCGCGGGCUCCCGGAAGGGGGCGCUGUCUGCGGCGUCGCAGCGGCCCUGGCUGCCGGGAGACGAUCUCCCGGCGGGCUGUGCGGCCCGGCUCGGGCGGCUGCGAGUGCCACGUCCCAAGUGCUACGCGGAGUCGUGGAAGCGGGCGGUGCGCGAGGCGGAGCAGCGCUGAGCCGGCCGGGCCGUACGGAUCGCCCGCCGCCAUGGGCUCCUCGCAGAGCGUCGAGAUCCCAGGCGGCGGCACGGAGGGCUACCACGUCUUGCGGGUACAGGAAAAUUCCCCAGGACACAGAGCUGGGCUGGAGCCUUUCUUUGACUUUAUCGUUUCUAUUAACGGUUCGAGAUUAAAUAAAGACAAUGACACUCUCAAGGAUUUACUGAAAGCCAAUGUUGAAAAGCCUGUAAAAAUGCUCAUCUAUAGUAGCAAAACCCUAGAGCUUCGGGAGACCUCAGUUACACCAAGCAACUUGUGGGGCGGCCAGGGCUUGCUGGGGGUGAGCAUCCGUUUCUGCAGCUUUGAUGGUGCCAACGAGAACGUUUGGCAUGUGCUGGAAGUGGAACCAAAUUCCCCAGCAGCACUGGCAGGCCUGAGACCUCACAGUGAUUACAUCAUUGGAGCUGAUACUGUCAUGAAUGAGUCUGAAGACCUGUUCAGCCUUAUUGAGACCCACGAAGCAAAGCCCCUGAAGCUCUACGUGUACAACACGGACACCGACAACUGUCGGGAAGUGAUCAUUACACCCAAUUCUGCGUGGGGUGGAGAAGGCAGCCUUGGAUGUGGUAUUGGCUAUGGUUAUUUGCAUCGAAUACCUACACGCCCAUUUGAAGAAGGAAAGAAAAUUUCCCUUCCAGGACAGAUGACCGGCACACCCAUUACUCCUCUUAAGGAUGGCUUUACGGAGGUCCAGCUGUCCUCAGUUAGUCCCCCGUCUUUGUCAACCCCGGGAAGUGCAGGAAUAGAACAGAGUCUGUCUGGACUUUGUGUGAGCUCAGCUCCCCCAGCGGUCAGCAGUGUUCUCAGUACAGGUGCACCAACUGUACCGUUAUUGCCACCACAAGUAAACCCAUCCCUUGCUUCCAUGCCGCCAAUGAACCCAGCUACGACAUUACCAAGUCUGAUGCCUUUGCCAGCAGGGCUGCCUAACCUCCCCAGCCUCCCCAACUUCAACCUCCCCGUCCCACACCUCACGCCAGGGGUCGGCUUGCCGGAGCUCGGGAACCCGGGUCUGCCACCUCUUCCCUCCUUGCCUCCCCGAAACUUACCUGGCAUUGCACCUCUCCCCAUGCCGUCUGAGUUCCUCCCGCCAUUCCCUUUGGUUCCAGACGGUUCUUCUGCAGCCAGCGCAGGGGAGCCGCUGUCCUCCCUGCCUGCCAUGGGCCCACCUUCUGACCCUGUCAUGACUACUGCAAAGGCAGAGGCUGCCUCCUCACUCACUGUGGAGACGAUGUCCCCUGCUUCCAAGGUCCCCACCAUUGUUGAGGACAGAGUCGGCGACUCCCCACCAGCCAUGGAGAAGCCUGUUUCUGCAGUUACUGAUGCAAAUGCUUCUGAGUCUUCUUAACUUGGAAUCAAUCGUCACAGUCGACGUGGUCUAUUUAUUUAACCACAAGAUCAUGUCUGGAACCGCAGACCACCAUUGAUUUCAUACUAGUUUGUACCGUAUCUGUAGACAUCCUGUACAUAAUUCUAGGGGGAAACUACGCAAGAGGCCAAGGGCUUGUCUCCCACCAAGUUGGGUGGAAUCAGCCAGGGAGGGGUGUGAGAAUGUGCUUGCAUUUUAAACAACCGAAAAGAGUUGUUCUGGGUGGCUUGUGCCAGGCACCUCCCGCCAUCCUGGGAUGUCCAUCUUUGGGAAAGAGAUGGCAGGGUGCCCACUGCUAUUCCUUGUGUAAGGAAAUGAAAUAUUUGAUGCCUGGUGCCCACACGCAACAUUUCUUGUACUUUGUAAAUUGUUUGCAAGAACACAGACCACCUCACUAAACUGUAAAAGGAAACAAGAAUUUACUGCUGGUCUCUGUGAGUCGCAUCUCAAUUAAGGUUUACACAAAACUCCCCCUUUUUUUGAAGAUGUUUUGUCCUGGUUACACAGCACACUGUUAAUUGAGCAUCUUUUUAUUCUGCCUGUAUACAGACCUUGUUCUGAACUCAGAAGUACUCAGACACCAUUUUGUAGCUGCUGCUGUUGCUUUAGAUGCCUGCGGUGAGAUGGCAUUUAAAGAGAAAUAAAGGAGGGCUGCACUUUGUAGCUACUUAACAGUAUAGUGACCCCGGGAGAGCAUAGUCACAGCAAUAAACUACAGUGGCUUUACUUUU